CGUGAAGCCGGAAGCAGCGUGUUGACAAGUCAUCAAUGUGAUUUUGUGCUGGAGUAAAGGAUACAGCUGGUUCUCCAAUAUAAUCAUACUGGGAGGUCUGGUGUAGACAUGGUGAGUAUUGUGUUAAUACAUGUACAAAUUUGAAAACUAAAUAAAGCAACCAGGGGACAUAUCUGACAUGCAGCCUUCCAAGGCUUUGAUAAAUAUGUGUGUUUAGUGCAAUAGGAGAGGCUCCCAUGCUGUUUAGGGAAAUCAGGGGUGUUACAUUGUGCAGCUAUACACUUCAUAUACAAUGUUUUAUCAAGAAAUUAAUUUAAUUUAUCUGGACAUUAAUAAACAAAGAGAAUUGUAAAAGGUUUUGUGUGUCAACUGCAAUGUGCUAUAUUCAUGUCUGACUUGUGAUUUUAUUUUUCCAUCACUAAGUUUUAAAUCCUUUUAGAUUAUUGACAUAUCAGCGCCGUCAUAAUAAGAGAUAUUCCUAAAUGUUGGGAGUGAGUGCAGCCCUGACGGAACUGACUUUUAUUGCAUUCAAUAUUUCUUAAUUAUUUAGCCAUUUAUUAAAACUUCAAUUCAUAAAUGUUACUACGAGCCAUUUAUUCAUUAAAUAAAGAAUUGAUCAAGGAAUUGCAAACUGUAGGCUUAAUUAUCCAUCUGGGAAAAAAAUAUAUAUAUAUAUAUAUAUCUGCAACUGGUUAUUUACUGUAACUAAUAAAGACCUUUUUAAAUAUUCUGCACAUUGGGAUGUGUCUGAGAGUACCAGUAUAGAGAAUAAAUGGAUGUUUCAACUCCGGAAUAAGAAACUGUGAUAAUGCUGUAAAUACAUCUUUACCAUAAUCUGGUUAUUUAUUUUUUAUAUAAUAUUUCCAGGUUGGUAUAGAAGCUUCGAGCAUCCUUUUUAGAACAAGAGGCGGACUGAACCUCUCCUUCCCCCUGACAGCUGCUGAUGGUAUAUGUAAUAUUAUGUAAAAUUAAUGAUAUAAAGUUUACUGUACACAGUCUACACCAGUUAUGGUGAGCCUAUUUGCACAGGUGCCACUUCUGACAUUCAGUAGCCUCUGAGGUGGCAUUUAGUGUUUCAUAAAGGGUGUCCGUAAUUGUUUUAUGCUAGCAGCACAUAAUGCCCCAUGGCUUCAUCAUCAGGCGACCUCCUGGUAAUUGCUUAUAUCAAGUUAUCUAAAGCACCUUUCAACUGGGCUUGACAAAUUUGCUUUGACUCUAGGAGACAGUUUUUGUUUUUGUUUUUUUUAGAACAAAAAUGCAAUUCUUAAAGGAACACUAUAAUCACCAGAACCACUACAGCAUAAUGUAGUUAUGGUGUCUAUAGAUUGUCCCUGCAUGCUUUCCAAUGUAAACACUGCCUUUUUAGAAAAAAGGCCUUGUUUACAUUUCUGCUUAGUAACAUUUUUAGAGGCCGUUACUCAAACGGCCACUAGAGUGUCUCCACGUUCUGCACUGAACAUUUCCCAUAGAGAUGAUUUGAUUGUGCCGCAUUUUGCAAUGCUUGCUUAAUAGCUUGACUGAGAUAAUCAAGACUGAUCAUUUCAGCUAUGGAGGCGGGCCAGUUGCAGUGAAAAUCGCACAAUGUUGGGGGGGGAAACGGAGAGUAAAAACACAGUUGUCAUGCGAUCAGAGGGGGGUUGGUGACCUAAACAUACAUAUUCACUGACACACAUUGGCAGACAGACACACACAAACACACUGAUACACAUAUAUGAGCACACACAUACUGACAUACACCCAUUCUCACACACUCACAAAAUAUUUUUUUUUUUAUACACUCAAAUAGAUGCACAAAGAUUCAUAGAUACACACAAAUACACAUACAGAUAUGCACAAACAAAAAUAAAAUACAUAUAUUUAGCCACCUGCCUGUGUCCUACCUUUUGGGUGCAGGAGGGUGCCUUCCUUGAGGUGGCUGGUUGCAGUUCUAUGCGUGCCGAGAGGAAGUGAAAGGAACUAUAAUUACUUCCUCCAGGCGCGGAGGUCACGUAGGUGAGUGGGCGGGCCACCAGAUCUGCAGCAUGGGGGCAGGAGAAGACCCACUCUGUGGAAUGGGGGCGGGAGGCGAGAAGAGCCACCUUUACGCGGUACCCUGCCAGCUUACAAUUUUACUGCACGGCCGGGAGGAAAUAAUUACAGAUUCCUUCACUUCCUCCCAGCGCGCAGUUAGCUUCACGCGGAUGGAGGAAACAGCCUGACAAAUCCACAGGACAAAAUUCUUAGUCACCAUGACGACCUGGCAUCUGGCAUUUGUUGAACCCUGCUUUACAAGAGCAAAAUCAUGCAGGAGAGGGCAACCCCACACAUUAAGGGUAAAUUUAUUGAAGAGGAAUGGCAGAAAAAAUGAGUGACAAUUCACUGCAGAUGGUCAAAUAAGAUGUUCUUAUAUUAAAUGUGUUUGUCUUGGGGCUUGUUUGCUAAUAGAUUUGAUUUAGUUUUUUUUUCUUCCCGUGAUGUAGAAACCUCUGCAAAAAAGGCCCUGGUUGGAGCACUUAAUGAUCUAUCAGCAAAACUAUUGUCUGAUUCACUGGUGUUGCACAUAUGUAACAGUUCUCUGUAUAUUUGGCCCAAUGCUGGCACAAGCUCCUCCUCCUCAGAGUGGACAGACGAAUCACAAUGCAAAGACAUUCUUAACUUCAUAACGUGAGUAAAAAGCUAAAGAAUUUCAUCAAACACAUGUGAGUCGAUUAUUGAUUUAAAUGAUCAUUUGCUUGUUUCAGGAUUGACGAUGAGGAUUCAAGGAGAAAGAGCUCUAAAAAGAAAGAGAGGAAGUUACCACAAGACAUGGUAGGGAACAUACAGUGCAUAUUUUCCUGGUUUUUACAGCAAAGCACAAAAUACUAUAAUCUACUUCACAACCCACACUGCACUUAUACCUUAGUAGCUAAGGUGGCAUAUACCUUUUGGGUUUUGGUUGCCAGUGAGCAUCCAGAGUGGUCCAAGUCCCAAGAAUUCAAUUAUUGACCAGAAUACAGCAAGAAACAAAUAACUUGUAACUGUCUGGAUUGGAGUUCUAAUAGUUCUUCAAAAUUGUAACUGCUUUAAAGACCAAAUACUAUUAAAGUGGUUCUGAGUUUAGUGGUAAUCCUUAUUCCCUUUACACCCUCACAGCCAUGUAUAUUCACGGUUACACAUUGCAGGUUAAUGUAAAUAUAUUUCAUAUAGCCAAAGAAGCUGAAUGUGCCUUCCCUUGUAUAUUAGAGCUGUUUAAUCCUGCAUAGAAAUGUGCCAUUUACAUCUCUCAAACAGUCAAUACCUGAUCCCUAAAAAAGAGGGUGACCGGGGGGAGGGAGAACAGGCAUUACAGGGAACCCUAACUUUUAUUAAAUCCAAGGUAGUAUUAAAAGAGAUCAAGACAGUAAACGGCCACUCCGGUAGGAUCAUUGUAGGGGACCUAUGGCAACAAAAUCAACGGUAGGAAACAGGUGCUAAGAGUAGGUACGAAUAAAGGACAGAGAAAGAGCUGAACAAACCACCUUCCGAAACUACACAACCCCCCCGCACCCCUCACCACCUCCAAAAAAAAAAUGUUAAUAAGUAACCACCAAUAAAAUAGGGAAGGGAUAUAGGUAGUUAGAUGAGAAGCAUCAAAAUAAGCAAGCCUAUAAAUUAUGCAUGGCUCAGAUAUUUGCUUUAUUAAGCCACCUUCCUCAAAUCCUGUCCCUAAUCGCCUGCUUUUUAAUUAUAGGGUUUGGAUUCUGCACUAGAUCGAACAUUAAAACACGUCUUAUUGGGUGUUACGGCAAGAAAUCAGUAUGCCCCUUUUAGUUCCUCUCUUUCUGUGAUCGGGAAUUUGUUACCUUAAGUCCCCUACAGCAAGCCUACCAGAGUGUCCGUUUACUGUUCUUUUGAUCUCUUUUAAUACUACGGGUCUGGUAUUUGUUAACUUUUUGCUUACUAGGGUCCCCCCUGUUUGAAGGAGCACAGUGGCAAGUGACUUUGCGGCAACUCUCUGCAAGCUUUUGAUAGAUUUCUGGGCUGUAGAACUUUUUCACAAUAUGUUUUUUAUUUAUUUUACAAAUUACGUCUCUCUCCCCCUCUUUCCCCUCUAGACAAUGGGUCUACUACAGUUGUUUUAGGUACAUUUUAAUUGCUAGAUUCUAACCACCGGGAAGGAUGGAGGUAGGAUUCUGUCCUCACUGAGUAUACACGAUGGGUAUUCUUGCAGGUUGUGCAAUAUCCUGUAUAAUACAGAUAUUUAGUGUAAUGGUGCAUUCUGCAUAUGUGUAUUAUGUCUGUGUAAACUCAGUUGUGUGUGUGCAAAUGCCAUCAUUUCUGUUGUACCCAUUGUUUCCAUAGCUAUAUUUUUUUAUAUUUUGUAUUUUUUAUAUAUAUAUAUAUAUAUAUAUAUAUAUAUAUAUAUAUAUAUAUAUUAUGUACCGUUGGAUUUCCAAUAAUAUUUUUUUAGUUGAAUGCAAAUAAGAUUAUUUUUUUUCUUCGUAUUAUUACAGCAGCAUAUUGUCAAUAUCAACAUCAUGUUUGAGACGUCCACUUCUUCUAAACCUUCUGCACCCGUAAUUAAACAGGAAAUAAAAAGUCAUCAUCUUGUGAACCUGACCCUACCUAUGGAUUCAGUAGUUACAGUCUCCACAGAGGAAACCUGGGGGAAGUAAGUAACAUUCAUCAUUUGAUUUGUGUUCCUCGGUAGCUGCUCUUUGGAAAUAUUUCUGCAUCUCUAGUUUUACUUUGAUCAUCGUUGUUAUUAAAAUGUCUGCAAGGUACUUUGAAUCCAGUACAUUUUAUCUGUCAUUUUUCAUCUCUCAUAUAGUUGAAUUCAUCACGAUCAGCAUGCAUUAAAAUCUCAUAAUAAUACCAAUAUAAUGAACUCCCUAUUUAGAUCAAAACACAGUGUUUUAUUAUAGGCACAGUAGAAAUUGCAAUUUAAAAAUGCUCUGAAGAAUGUUUUUACAAGAUAAAGGGCAUCUUUAAAAAGAGUUUAACUGAAACCAUUCAUGAUACUCUCCCUGCAUUUUAUAACAUUUGGGAUAUCAAGCUAAAGACUAUGCCUCGCAAUCUUAGUCAUACUCUAAAUGUCUUUUAAUAGACUAGACUCAUCUGGUGGUUCCCUGUCCCUCCUCUUUCCAUCCCCUUCUUCUCUGCUCCCUACUUUCUCCUUUCCUUUAACCUGAUUUGUUCUCUAUCUGAAAAAUUGAGACGUCUGUGCCUCCUCUUAUUUCUAUUUGCCUUCAAUCUGAAUGAUCCUCAUCUCUCUUAAAUACAGAUGUUUAAAAAAAAAAAAAAAAUCAUUCUACUAAAGAGCAUUCCAAAAUAUUUGGAUAUUCUAAAAGCUCCCAAAUAUAUGAUUGUUCAUAUUCCUUGUUGUAAGGAUCAGAAGACACAAGGGCUUGCUGAAAAUAAAGAGUGAAUGAUGGUCUUGGGGGUAGCUGGGGGUUUGAAAACCAUAUUUUAUUCUAUUAUAGACAAUUUAUGCAGAGACUUUAAGUGAAAGAAGUGUUUCUUGGUUUGCUAGUAACCUGGCUAAACAUUUUGCGCCAUCUACAGGCAAUGUAGUAAUUUUCUAGGAAGGCCCAGUUAUAGAGAUUUGCAGUAAUCCUAGUGUUAUGACAUACACACAUCUAAAUCUUUAGGAGAAAUUAGGUGUUUAAUCCGAACUAUGGCCUUGAUUUUUAAUAUUUUUCUACAGUAUUUCAAAUAAUUUUAAUAUUUUUAGAUUACAUUUUAAUACUGUUUAUUAAUAUAUUUUCAGAUUUUAAUAUAUUUUGUGUGUGUGUGUGUGUGUGUGUGUAUAUAUGUAUAUAUAUAUAUAUAUAUAUAUGGUUUUUUUUAAAUUUUUUUUAAUCAUUUUAAAAGUUUAGCCAAAAAUAUAAAAUAAUUUGAAAAGUUUAAACAAAAUAUUAAAUCAAGGACUAUAUUUGUCAGGUGAAAGGAGGAUAGAAUAGUAGUUUAUGAUUAAGUACAUGUGCUUUGGAUUAUGUAAUUGUAAUCCUCCGUAAACCACUUCAAUGAGCUCUUGCUGUCUUUAGAGUGUGUCGUCUUGCUAUAGUUACCUUUGUAACAGAGCUCCAAUACUCUGGCUGAGUAUCUCCGCUAAUUACCUUCAUAGCUAGAAGAAAGCAUUGGUUAGUGUUGUAGCUUUUUUCCUCUUCCAGUAACUAGGCAACACAUUCUGUGAGUAUAACUGAUUUUAUUGAAAAGGCACAGUCUUAUAUACCAGACCCCCCAGCAUGAGUUCCCUAUUCAGUUCAGAGUAAGCCUGCCCUGGUGCCUCUGUUUUGGGGAAAUAAUUGAGUCAACCUUCGCUUAAACUAAUUAUCUUUCAGAUACAGAGGACACAACACAAACCCCCCCAAAACAUAACAAAAACAAACAGGAACCCCAACAGUUGAUAUACCCCGGAUAGCUCUGAUUCGAGCGGCCAAGUUGGCAAAAUAUCACCAGGAUCCAUGGAAAAUACACACAUUGGAUUGGCUUCUUACAUGUGUAGCAGGGUGUUCAGUACUAUAUCUAUUAUACAUCUCCAAGUCAUAAACUUAAUAUUUAAUAGGUGUUUGCUGCCAGUUAGGUCUACUAGGUAUAGUCAGUAUUGUAGUUUUGCUAGGAACAGAAUUGGCAAAAAGGGUAAAUUAUGGAUUCUAUGCCCCUUAAAAGGAUACUUAAAGGAACACUAUAGGGUCAGGAACACAAACACGUAUUCCUGAACCUAUAGUGUUAAAACCACCAUCUAGCCGCCCUGGGCCCAUCAUGCCUCCCUAAAUAUAGCAAAAUCUUACUUGUAUUCAAGCCUGAAGAUGUAGCUCUGCAUGCGGUUUGCUUCAGAAAAACAAGCUGCCUGCUGACAUCAUCAGAAGUGGUGGCCUGAUCCAAUCACAGUGCUUCUCCAUAGGAUUGGCUUAGACGGACAAGGAUGCAGAUCAGGGACAUAGCCAACAUACUUCAAACACAGCCCCUUCCAAUCAGCAUCUCCUCAUAGAGAUGAACUGAAUCAAUGAAUCUCUGAGGAAAGUUCAGUGUCUGCAUGCAGAGGAUGGAGACACUGAAUGUUUGGAUGCAUUUUAGGCAACCAUGACCCAGGAAGGAUCUCUAACAGCCAUCUGAGGAGUGGUCAGUGAAGUUAUCACUAGGCUGUAAUGUAAACACUGCAUUUUCUCUGAAAAGACAGUGUUUUCAGCAAAAUACCUGAAGGUUAUGAUUCUACUCACCAGAACAAAUUCAAUAAGCUGUAGUUGUUCUGUUGUCUAUAGUGUCCCUUUAAGGCAUUGAGACCACUUCAUUUUAAUGAAGUGUUCUGGGUGCAGUGACCCUAUCCUUAUAGCCUUGCAAUGUAAAACAUAAUUUUGUAGAAACUGCAAUGUAUUUUCAUUGCAGGGUUAACACUACUCUAAUGGCUGUUUUCCUAGAGGCACUCAGAUAUUCAAUGAAUGCUUUUCAGGGGUGGGGGCUGCUUACAAUGGUGAGAGGAUGUGUUACCAAAGAGCUCCUCAUGCAUUUCUAAAAAAAAAAAAAGGAAGGCACCAUCAGCCUGGAUCCCUGAAUUGACUGACCGGUCUGAGAGUGAUUCUCGCGGUCCCCUGAAGCUGUUAAGCCAACACUCCUCAUUGGAACUUGUGGGGUCUGGAAGGGGGAGGCGAUCUCCCGACCCGGUACAUGAUUGAACAGAGAUGGAGUCCUGUAAUUUCUCCCUCUGGACCGGCGGGGGUGAUCCCGGUCCCCACCCUUAAGCACACCUACCCUCCCAGAGAAAGAUAACAGAGCCGUUGUAAUCGGCUAUCCUGCAAUGGGUGCAUCUAAGAUGGCGGAUUUGUGCAUUGUCAGUUAGCGUUGCCUGACUUAUCCACUACUGUCUAUUGACUCCCUGCUGACAUGCCUAUUCUCUUAUCUCUCCCUGACUGGCCUGACUAAUUGUGCUGUCACUUUAUAUCACGGCAAAGUUGUACCUAUUUAUUCUCUAAAUGUUUGCUCAUACUGUUGUGGUAAUACAAGCCUGUUUUUUUUUUUUUGGUUUUCAGUUAAUGCUUCUCAAAGAGCAUUUAAAUAGACUGUAAGCUCGUUUGAGCAGGGCCCUCUUAAACCUGUCGUAUCUGUAAGUUUUGUUGUAAUUGUCCUAUUUAUAGCUAAAUUCCCUCUCUAAUAAUAUUGUAAAGCCCUACAGAAUCAGGCGCUCUAUAAAUGGCAAUAAUAAUAAUAAUUGGCACAGCACAACAAUUUGCCAUAUCUGCACCAUAUCCUCUCAAUGCCUCCCUGUGGGAAAACAUUGAAUUGGCUGACAUCAUCAAGAUUAAUGAUCUCGGCAAAGGAGGUAGGGCAGCCGUGACAGGACCAGUAUGCCACGGGAUAUAAAUCUUAUCUUUUUAAAACUUUACUGGGUGGGUCACCUAAAUAGUAAGGAGAACACUGUAGCCUAUGUUUGUAUUCCUAAUGUUCUAGUUCUGAGUCAGGAACCAAUUUUUUUAAGUAUUUUUAUUUCUUACAAGCUUUUUACUAUUUUGAUAGAACCUGGGCCUGUUAAUUCAACAUGCCCUAUUCAAAGUUGUCGGACAUGGGUCUAUAUUUCAUUUGCAGUGAGGUAAAGUAUUUAGUUUAUUCGCAGAAGGAUUUAUUGUCCAUACUGAUCGUCCAACAGAGCAGGUGGUGUAUCUCAGAGCCAAACAGUUCAACUUACACCAUGUACUCUACUUGGAAAGCCUAAGACAGCCAUUACAUACCUGUGAACUGCGGUGCAUGCCAUUCAUCGGUAGAUCAUUGCUAAAUAUGCAUAUCAUUUUCCUCUUCUACUGGUUCUUACUUAGUUAAAACCAUUAUUUACUCUUUGCACACCCAUUUUGGGAGAACUAACCGAUGACAUUAACACAUGCAGUAUUUUUUUUCAAUUUGACAAUUUUUAUUUUCACUUACGAAGCAAACUUGGGAUACAGAAGGAAGAAAGGGGGGGGGGGGAGGGAACAUCCCACAUCUCGUUUUACAUGACUUCCAGUUUAACAUAGUACAUAACAUCGUGUAUAACAUCAUAUGCAUCAUCACAUGUAGUAUCUUAUGUAGCUUCCUAUGUGACUUCGCCUACAUUUCUCUGUUUCACAGCGGGCUAGCCCGCCCUUUGUCUGCAUUCGCCACGUCCUCCUGUCUCUGCUUAGGGGCCUGCUUAGUCGCCCCGCUAUCUAUCAUCUCUGUUUAGGUUUCCCUGAAGCGACCUCUUGUACUCUCUGGAAGUUUGCCCUUGAACUAGCUUGCCGUUCCCUGCGUAGGGGGGGGGGGAAAGUGGGCUGUGGGAGUGGGGGGGGGUUUAGGGAGGGAAAAGACUGUGAUAUGCCCUCUUUCCCUACCGGUUUUGCUCUAUUCUAUGCUCGCUAUAUUCAUAUCGUUUCCCUGCCCUUCUCUGGUGUUUCCGGUGAUUCCUGUCUGUUCUCGCUCUUCCCCUGGGGUUCCAAGUCCCUGGGCUCCCCUCUGUCUUGAGGGAUUCUUGUACGCUUGCUAUGUAAAUUCUACAUGUCGGGCUGGGUCUGUGACAGUGGGCUAGUCUCCGUCUCUGUCUCCUAUCCCCUGGGGCGCGGUUUUGUCCUCCCACCUACUGUACGCUUCCUCAAACUUGCGUUUGUUACCUGAAUUUUUCCUGGCUGUGAGUUCGUAGUGUAAAUUGGUGGAGAUCUGUCUCGUUAGGGCUAUUUUCGUCGGUGCCUUGUCUGACUUCCAUUCUCUGGCUAUAAGAGUUAGUGUCGCUAUUAGGGUGUGAAAGACUAGAAUUGUCUCACUGCCCUGGAAUCUAUCUAUGUUCAUGAACAGUAGGCCCAUUUCUGGGGUGAGUGUAAUAUUAUCCUCUAGUAUCUCAUUAAGUAACCUUUCAACCAUCUCCCAAUAAGGUCUAAGUGUUUCACACGUCCACCAUAUGUGAUACAUCGAACCUUCUGGUUCCCCACAUCUCCAGCACUCGGCUGAGGUUCCUGGGUAAAUUUUUGCCAGUUUUACUGGCACCAUGUACCACCUGUAAUAUACCUUGCGCAUUAAUUCUAGAUGGGACGUGCAUGUGGUCCUUCCUUUGUGUGCCGUGGUGGCGCGUUUCCAUUGGGUGUCCUCGAAGUGCUUCCCAAUGUCUGCCUGCCACGCUGUACUAAAUCUGUCUUUGUGUACGGGAUCGCCUCUAUUUAGGAGUGUGUAGCACAGGGAGAUCAGGCCCCUCUUCUGCUUUGGGUUUAAACAAGUCCUUUCAAACUCCGUGAGUGUGGUCUCCCCCUCUACUGUGGACUUUUGGGCCCCUAGCAUGGAUUUUAGUUGAAGAUACGGGAAUAUCGAUCUGGGGGGCAGUUCGAAUCUCUCUUUAAUGAUGGGGAAUGGGACUAUCUGUUGUUCUUCCAGUAAGUCCCUCACAUGUGUGCAGCCUCUCCUCGUCCAUUCCCUAUGGUCAAAUGUGUUGUUUGCUACAUGUAAGCAUGAUAGAGGUGUUGCCGGUGACCACGGUGUCGCCGAGAGCAGUGAUUUGUGUGUUCUGUCCCAAGUCCUCAGUAAUGUUUUCGUGGUGGGUAAUAUAUUGGGUUGGUGGGAGCGUAGUGUUUUAGGUACCCACAACAAGCUGCGGAGGUCCGUCCCUUGAAGCCAAUGGUUUUCUAUUUCCAGCCAUUGCGGGACCUGUGUUGGGGAUUGGAACCCUAGCACUGGGGCUAGUAACGACGCCUGAUAAUAGAUUUUGAUAUUUGGUAGGGCUAGACCCCCUUGGUGAGUGGGUCUAUACAGGUGUUUGGCAGCUAUUCUCACUCGUUUACGUGCCCAUACGAAUUUAGUAAGUAUCGCCUGUGUUUUGGUUAAGUAGGAGGUUGGAAGAUUGAUUUGCAGAGUUCGAAAUAAGUAUUGUAAUUUGGGGAGGAUAGACAUUUUAAAUGCUGCCAUCCUGCCCAGCCAGGAGAGGUAUUUAUCUCCCCAUGAGGCCAAACUGGCCUCUAUCUCUUUUUGUAGGGCUUCGUAGUUGGCCUUAAAUAGUCCCCCCAUUGUCUUUGUUAAUUGAAGUCCCAGGAAAGAGACGCUGUCCGUCCUCCAGUCCAUUACGAACUUUUCCCGCAAUACCUGUAGGACGGCAUCAGACAUCCCAAUCCCCAUGGCCUGAGUUUUUGUCACAUUUAGUUUGUAAUAGGAGCUGUCUCCAUAUUCUUUUAUGACAGUCAGUAGGUUUGGCAGUGAAAUCAGUGGUUGUGUUAGGGUCAGGAGCACGUCAUCCGUGAAUAAGUUGGCUUUAUAUUCCUUUUCCCCAAUCUGUACCCCGUGGAUAGAGUCAUGUUGCCUAAUCUUUAUUGCCAGUGGCUCUAAGGCCAGAACGUAUAACAAGGGAGACAGGGGACAUCCCUGUCUCGUGCCGUUUGAGAUACUAAACGGGUUAGAAAGAAAACCUGCAUUAAGUACCUGGGCUGUCGGAGCGCUAUAUAACGCUUUGACCGCGGCUCUAAAUUCUCCUGGUAUUCCAAAUUUUGUCAGGAUUGCCUCCAGGAACCCCCAGUGCAGGCGGUCGAAUGCCUUUUCGGCAUCUAGGGAGAUGACAAUCCCUCCCCCCUUGUGUAGUUUGGGUAAACUGUGCAGUAUAUUCAGGACCUUGCGUGUGUUGUCCGCUCCCUGUCUCCCUAACACAAACCCAACUUGGUCUUUGUGGAUUAUCUGAGGUAGGAGACUGCUCAAUCUCAUCGCAUAUAGUUUGGCAAAUAUUUUCGCGUCGGUGUUAAGCAGGGAUAUGGGUCUGAAAUUUUGUGGGAUGGUGGGAGGCUUCCCUGGUUUCUGUAACGUUAUGAUGUGGGCCAAGAGCGUGUCUGGUGGUAAUUUCUGUACAGCCGUCGCCUCUGUGAAUGUGCGCACCAGGUGGGGUGUCAGUAUGUGGUGGAAUUGUUUGUAGUAUGCAUUGUCAAGUCCAUCCGGGCCUGGGGCUUUGCCGUUUGGUAGCUGUUUUAUUAUGGUAUGGAGUUCUUCCUCUGUGAUGGGUCUAAUGAGAUCGGUCGCCUGUUGGGUCGUGAUUCUUGGGAGAUCAAUCGUGUCCAAGUACUUAUUUAUGUGUUCCGCCGUGGGCUGGAAUGUGGUGUCAUGUUUGUUGAUGUUGUACAAGUCGGCGUAAUAGUUUGCAAAUUCAUUGCAUAUGUCUCUGGGUAUCAUUUUCUUCUCUCCCGUAUGGGAUAUAAGAAAAGCUAUUUUCUGGCUCGCCCUUCGUUCUUGCAGUCUCCUAGCUAAUAGUCUACUAGCUUUGUUCCCUUGUGUGUAUUGAUUAAUUUUCAACCUCUGUAGCAUAUAUCCUGUUUGUUCUAUUGCUUUUUGGUGUAGCUUGUUUAUAAUAGUGGUGAUUUGUAAUUUUAGCUCAGCAGAAGGGGAGAUUUGGUUUUGUGUGUUUAAUUGAUACAAUUCCUUCUGCCAUUGCGUGGUCUGGGCCGAGGAUGUCCUACGUAAGUAGGACGCCCUCCUGAUAAAGAUACCCCUGACUACAGAUUUAUGUGCGCCCAUAGGGUGCCCUGGGAUAUAUCUGGGGUAGCGUUCUCAGUGAAGUAGUUGGUCAAAGUCUCCUCUACCUCUUUCUUGAAUGACGGAUCAUUCAACAGGGAGGCAUUCAGCCUCCAUGGGCUGCGGUGUUUAUAGUCAUAUUGGUCUCUUACUGACAGUGUAACCGGUGCGUGGUCCGACCAUGUAAUCUGUCCUAUGACACAGUCUGUGAUUUGGUUUAGGCUUUGGCCAUGUAUGAGAAACCCAUCUAUCCUCGAGUAUGUGUUAUGUACGUGGGAGAAGUGAGUGUACGUACGCUCCAAAGCGUGGGAAAUCCGCCAGGUAUCAUAAUAGUGGUGUAGGGAGAGGAUCUUCUGUAGCUUUUUGCACUGUCUAUGCAGUAUUUUAUAUCGUGGGCUGUGUUGGGAAGUGUUAGUGUCCAGUUUUGGGUCCCAAACAUGAUUAAAGUCUCCACAGAUAACUGACACUCCUUCGCGGAUCGAUUCAGUUCUCUGUAGCACCUGUCUCAGAAACGUUCCUUGUAAUGUAUUGGGUGCGUAUAUAUUGGUGAUUGUAUACAUCAUGUUGUUAAUUGAGCAUUUCAGUAUUAUGUAUCUCCCAUUGGUGUCUACCUCUACAGAGAUCAUAGUAAAUGCUACUUGCUUAGAGAUUAGUAUAGAUGUCCCUUUGGACUUUGUGGGGGACGUCGCGUGGUAUUGGUGUGGGUAGUCCGAAGUCGUCGGUGGGAUAUAACCGUCAGUUCUGUAGUGUGUCUCUUGGAGACAGAUAACGUCCGCAUCUGUCCUCUUGAGUUCUCUAUAUAGCUGGUGUCUCUUAACCGGUAGGUUUAACCCUCUUACAUUGAGGGAGAAAAUUUUCAUGGGGGUUUAUACCCAAUGGUUUUUAUAAGGGUCAUCCGUGGAAUUAAAGACCAGUGCGGGUUCGCUCGUCCCAGCAGCAUCAAGUCGAGCGACCUUCCCUGAAGUGAGGGUAGGAAUCGGGCAUAAUUCACUCGUUGGGUUAGGGAUGGGUAGGUGGGCUGGGGUACCUUUGCAGGGACUGAGGCCCAGUGUGUUGGAUCAGCUGUGUGGACUCCCUGUAGGUAUUGGGGGCUGGACAUGGGGUGGCAAGUCUCCACGAGACCGGGGUGGGGGGUGGGACAAGGUAAUAACUGGGAAAACAUAUAAAACAUAUACACAAUAAACAGGUGUGCCAUUCUCGGCCUAGGUACUCCUGGUACCUGUGGAGGGGGAAGUCCGAACUUCCUUCCUGUGGGGUGUGGACCCCGAGUCGACCCACUCUAUGGCUUGCUAAGUGGUCUGUGAGUAUUGGCGCUUAGCCGGGUAUUAAUGCCCCCUGUAUGGUACAGUGAAGCGUUGUGAGACCUGCAUACCCACAUAGGUAUAAAUGCCUGUAUAUAAUUAAAGUAUAUAGAUAUAUAAUAUUAUUUUUUUUAUUUUUUUUUUACAAUUAAAGUAUAUAGAUAUAUAAUAAUUUUUUUUUUUUUUCUCAAUUUCUACACAUGCCUAACAUGUCUAGGUAUGACAUUAACAUUCAACAUAGGUUAUAACAAUUAUACGAUACCCCCAGCUGACUUCAUGGUCCAGUUAUCAGGACCGGCCACACAACCAGCUCCUGCGGACGCUCGUAUAUCUGAGUUAGUUGUGGUGUAGUCUUUUAUGUCAGUCUCUUGGACUUUCUCCAGUCUUUGGAGGCGGUUUGCGUCCUCUUUGGGCUUCGUUGCUGGUUUGGUUCAGUGAGACCCCAUCUUUGUAGCAGUAGGGCUCCUUCUUCUGGCGUGUUGAUAGCUGACACUUUCCCUCCUCUGGACACCAGGAUCUUCACCGGGUAUCCCCAGCGAUAUGGCAGCUUGUGGCGUCGGAGUUGUUCUGUGACUUCUCUAAAUUCUCUCCUUCGUUUCAACGUGUAUGUUGAUAUGUCUGCAAACACUAACAGUCCCCCAUGCGGUUCAGGAAGCAUCUUCUUCGCUCUGCUUGCUUGUAGCACUAAUUCUUUCACAUGGUAGUAGUGCAUUCUGAUGAGGAUGUCUCGUGGGGUGUCUGGAGGUAGAAAACUGGGUUUGGCGGUUCGAUGGUACCUGUCCAUGAGCAGCAGGUCUAGCGGUAUGUCUGGCGCCAGCGCUUUCAGCAGAUUUGUCAGAUAGGCCGCCAGCUCUGCGGGUCCCACCUCCUCGCUCACUCCGCGAAUUCGCAGGUUGUUGCGGCGAGCUCUGUCCUCAAUGUCUGCCAGCUUUAUCUCAUACUGCUGCAUACGGUUUUGUAUCCCUGCCAUUUCUUCUUCCAUCCCCCUGCGUGCCUCCUCUAGCUCUGCCACUUUAACUUCAGUCCCAGCAGUUCUCACCUCCAGUUCUUUUAGGUCAUCAUGUAGUGCUCCAAUUGUGGAUUUGAAGCUAUUCUCCAAUCUUGCAGACAUUUGUUCUAGCAGUGUCUGCAUCACCUCUUGUGUGAGGGGGCCAGCUGCCACUGUGUCUGUGUGCAGUGAUUCACCAGCCUCCUCGGCGCCAUCUUGGCCCUCAUCCUGCAUCAAGGCCUGUCUCCCCUGGUGUGUCCGUGCGGCAAAAAAUGCACUCCGGUCCUUUUUUUCCGCCUGCCUUUUCCCCUUGCUUUGCGACAUGCUCGUUGGGGUAUAUGGUGCCCCGUUUUUUCGUGGCUAGCCGCCAAAUUACUCCUCUGUGGGUGCCGUCGGAGCGGAGCGCUCAGCACAUGCGACCGCUCAGUACCGCCGCCAGGACACGCCCCAACACAUGCAGUAUUUUAUAAUGUAAACACAACUGACUGACUGGGGAGAUACAUACCAUCGCUCAUAUCCACGACCUCUAUCAGCAAAAAAGUCAACUGCAUACUAAUGUUUUGUUUGUUUAUGUUUUUAUGACCGUCUUAUGAAUCAAAUAAUUCAUCAUAUAACAGGAUACAGUAAAUAAAACAUUUAUAAUUUUAUAUGAAGCGGGUCUGUUUGUUGACUUCAAAAGCCUAACCUAGGCCCAAAUUGUGAGCGUGCGGGUCUGCAGACCUAGCCUAGGCCUAAAAGCUGCACAUUAACUUGGAAGGUUGACUUAAUGAGCAAAUAUUGUCCUAACCAUAUAUAACCCCUAAUUUUUGGAGGUGGAUUUAUUUGCUUGUAUAUUCGAUACAUUUAGUCAGUGUACAUUGUUUCAUUAUCUUAAACUCCAGUAAACCCAUCAUUGUUUCUGACUCCAUAACUCCAGCAACAGCACUAAUUAAAACUGGGCUCCUCUUGACACUUGUCAAAUGCUUUCUGGAGUAUUUUAUAAAGUUUAAGGUAUUCUUGUUCAGCAAAUAGCUUCUCCAUCUAUUUCAGGCUUUUUUGCGGUUAUAUGUCACCUUCAAACUGUAAAUGUUCUCUUAGAUGUGAAUGGGACGUUCACUCACCCAUUCAUAUCGAUCAUUAUUGUACUUAAAAAUAAAGAGUGACUAUGUCUAUACAAGGUACAUUGUGUAUAUUUAUGUGUGUAAUCUUUGAUAAAUAUUAUUCCUCAUUAGAGCAAGGCAAAUCCUUGUGAAUGGGCUCACACAUCAACUUGCUGAAUUAGAGAAAUGCUUAUUGAAGUAUAUGAAAGGAACUUCUAUUUGUAUAGCAGAACCUUACCACUUCAUGUUACCGGGCAUGGAAGGUCUUAUCACCUUGGCGUAUCCUGCAGGAGUUGCAGAUUCGCAGCUGGAAAACUAUAGAAAGGUAAUUUAUAGCUACCAUUAUACAGUACUUAUUGUAGUACAAUGCUGACCUAUUAUCUUGGCUAUAAAGGGAAGACUGCUAAUUUUAUACUCGUUUAAAACACUCUGUAAUGACUCCGGAGCCAGUACUAGAAGUGCCCAUCAGUUAUAUUGACAGAUUCUCUACAGAUAUAUGGCGUCAGAUAUGGAGUCGUAAAAAAAUGUAUUUUUAAAAAAAUUCAUGCCUACAGUAAAUGUCUCCAUAUUAGGCUAUUCUCUGUGUGUGUGUGUGUGUGUGUGUGUGUAAGACAGAGACAAAAAUGGCAUAUAUUACAUUAUUAUGGUGACUCAUUUCAACUUAAUGACACAUUCUUCAAGCAUAACAUUUUUCAAUUUUAAAUAUAUGUCAAAACUCCUCUUCAUAUUGUCAGAGGGAUUUCUCUUGCACUUGGGAAGCAAUGCUCCUGCACUAAGCGAUUUAUUGUGGCUUUAAGAAGUUUAAGAUCAAAAAGAUGUUGCUUUUCUGCAUCAAUUACACAUAUAAUGCAGCAUACUUUUAGACAAUGUGCUUCUGUGAGUGGGUGUGUAUUGUGAAUGUACAUGAAUGUUCUUGUUGCAGAACAGAUAAAGACCAUGUGCUUUCUUUGAUGUGCUAGAUAUUACCAUUGAAUGUAAUGUGACUCUGGAUGUUUCGUUGAUAUGAUUUCUCUCUCUUUGUCCCCUCCACCAUUCUCAUUGGUUUUACGAAUACUGGGCAAGUAGGGUUAAGCUUGACAAACUAGAUGUAAUACACAUCACAAAUAUAUUUUGCGUAAAGCCUGGCCAUCUCUGUUGAAUAAUAAACCAAUUUGUUAUUUUUAUUCUUUCCCCAGGCAUUACAUGAACAGCUUAACCUGCCCUUUGACAGACCCUACCUAAAAAGAAUAAAUGCAUAUCAUUUCCCGGAUGAGCCUUACAAGGAUGGUUAUCUCCGCAAUCCACAUGUCAAUCUAAAUCCUCCUGCUGUGGAGGGAGGUACGGUGAGUGACAUAUUAUUUCUAAAUGUAAAUGACUGCAUUCCUUUGGAUGUCAAGAUGUGCUAUACCCAGACUUCAAUGGAUCUCGCCCUUUACUUGAUCAGCUGCAGUUUUGCCCACUGGACACCUAAGGCAUUGUGUCUGUGAAUGUGUGUUAAUUCCCAUUUAAAAUAGAAAUGUAAUUUAUAUGUGCUUUCUAUUGAACAUUUAGCAAGUGACACAACAGUUCAGUCCAGGCACAGAUAGGGCACACAAUGCAAAUAAUUACAGAAGAAAAAAAUUAACAUUGUUUUUUAAGUCUCUCCCAUUAUUUUUUUUUCCCUGUGUGUUUCAUUAAAUAAAUAGUUUUUUUUAAAAAAAUAUGCUUAGAAGUGACAGAUCUACUUUAAAGAAGUUAGAAGAUAUAUACCGCAAUCUUAAAUUAUGGUUGCUAGGAAAUGUUUUGAUAAAUGGAUUACUGUCACUGUUGGAUUUCCACGAUAUGCCAAAUAAAACAUAUACGCAGUGGGAUUUUCAAUAUAAAAAUCAAUAACUUGGCCAAGUUUCAACGCUCGCAGGUCAUUCAAAACAUAAGUGUUUUUGACAUUACACAUAUUUUUAAUUAAAAUUAGUUUAAAGGAACACUCUAAAUUCCAUAACCACUACAGCAGGCUCUAAGUAGUGGUUAUGGUGCCAGGAGUGCCCUGAUCUCCCCAAUCAAACCAUUUGCGUAUAGAUUGUUAAUAGUGCCAAUGUGAUUAAUUGCAUUUAUCCCACGACCUACGUGUUUUACUUUUUAGCAUAUGGUACCAGGCUGGAUGAGUGUCAUGAGAAGUGUUGUGCACUGCGCAAUGCCUGGCUGGUUUUGUGUCCUAAUGCUUUCUGAGUUCUUCCCAUUGUGUUCUACCUGCAGGUCUCCUUGGUGAAGGGAACAUACAGCUACCAUCACUACAUGCAGGAUCACAUGGAUGACAAUGGCUGGGGAUGUGCCUAUCGCUCUCUACAGACAAUCUGCUCUUGGUUUAAAUACCAGGGAUAUAGUGACAAACCAAUCCCAACGCACAAGGAGAUCCAACAGGUGGGUGUGUAUAUUGGCAGGUACUCAACUAGAAAGUCCGAAUAUCUGCUAAACCCGACAUAAACCCGCUGCUAUUUGAAGUCAAGAAGGAUUAUUGUGUUAUAUUCUAGCAAAAUGAAAAAAACACACACAUUUCUUUUCACCAUUUUUUGAUCAACAGGAGAAAGAUAUGUGAAAUUAUGAAUUUGAUGUAUUUAGUUUCUCUCUUUUCCCAACUGUGCAUCAUUUGAAGUAGUCAGAUACGAGUGUUGAAAUUUUCAUUACAAUGUUAGUUACUCUAAGAACAAAACCAACUUUAGCAUAAAGGGACACAUUAGUCACCAGAAGGGCCAGACUGGCCCACCGGGAUAACGGGAAAUUUCCUGGUGGGCCGUGGCACUUGGGGACGCACUGUGCAGCCCACACCCAGUACACACACUCAUGUUAGGGCCUCGUGAGCUGAGCAGUGAAGCUGGUAUAGAAAAUUAUCCAGGGCCGCUUUUUAUUCCCAGUCCGGUCCUGGUCACCAGAACAACUACAGCCUAAUGUAGUUUUUCUAGUGAGUAUAAUAAUUCCUUGCAGGCAUUUUCAGAGACAAGGCAGUGUUUUCAUUGCCCGCUAGGGACAUCUUCAGUGGCUACUGCUCAGAUGACCACUGUAGGUGCUUCACAGGGUGAAGCACUGCCGUUUAGCAUCUCAACGCUCUGCAUGGGGAAGCUGAUUUAACGCAUCUCUAUGAGGAGGUGCUCACUCCCCGCCCGCCUCCUUGACUAUUUUAGCCAAUCCAAUGCUUUCCCUGGGGAAAAAAAAAAUCAUAAAUUCUGAUGUCCACAAGGAGGCAGAUCGGGGGCUGUGCUGGAAAUAAGGUAGGUUUUAUUACCUUUUUAAGGGGGUUAACAGGAGGAAAGCCGCCUAAAUGGGGAUUUUAACACUUUAGGGUCAGGAAUACAUGUUUGUGUCCGUGAACCUAUAGUGUUCCUUUAAUGAAGCAGGUUAGGUGUAUAGGCCAUGCCCCUGCAGUCUUUCACUCAGCUGCUGAUUGUGCUAAAGCUGCAAGUGCCUUUCAGUACAGCUCAUUGGGAUUGGUGGCUUGCCAUUUCUAUUAGCUCCACAGAGCUAACAGAAGAGGAAUAAAACCUCCCCGACUGUCUGACAGUGUUUCUGCGCCCAAACACAAAAGUGCAGAUUCUAUUGAAAUCGUUACUUUUGUAAAUUGUCACAGAGAUGAAAGGCUCCAUACACAUAAAGCACUUCAGCAAGCCAAAGUGGUUUGUGUGUAGUGUGUUACUUUUAAAUUCAGUUUGUAUAGGUCAGUCUGUGCCAUAAUAGAAUCUAUAAAUCACCUUUACCCUAAACUUGACAAUGACAAUGAUGGUUAGUGGAAUUGGUUAUCUGAAAAGUAUGUUCCUGUAGAACAUGUAAGCUGUGUUUGAACAUCUUUCCUUCCAUAAUCUGCAGGCUCUUGUUAGUGUUGGAGAUAAACCUGCCAACUUUGUAGGCUCCAGGCAGUGGAUUGGUUCCAUUGAGGUACAACUUGUACUCAACCAGAUUCUUGGCGUUACAUCAAAAAUAAUGUUUGUUAGGUGAGUAAUACCCAAUAUCUUCAGUUCUAUGUAGUAAAGGAAAUUCCUUGCACCAUCUUUCUUAACCAUACUGCAAAUGCAAAAAAAAUAGUUGCUACUAUUACAAACAUUGUGUUUCUGCUUCCUCGUUAAGGGAAUGCUGUCCGUUUUAAUUAUUUAAAAGGGUAAUACAGAGACCCAGGGUGCAAGAAUGCAAAUUUGUUUGUACAUUUUCAAAAAAAAUUAUUUAUUAUUGUUAAAAAUGAGUGCUCCCAAAUAUCUUUUGGGAGGGAAAAACCAUAAAUGAUCAUCAAAUCCACUGCCACUUUGAAAGGAAACGUGGAGAGUAUUAAAGUAAAACAGAAACCGCUGUUCAACGUCCCCAUAAAGUAGACCAUUUAUUUUAAAUGAAUAAGCCCAUGGAUGAAGUAUAUACCCUAUUAACCAUAUCUGUGCAGGUUUAUUGAAAACGCUACAAUGACUUGAAUUUGCAGCAUUUUCUUGGUCCCCUGUAGGGGAAUUUAAGGUCAGAGUAGCCAAAAUUUGAGUUUUUCAAAUGUUUAAAAUACUUGAAUUUAUAUAUUUUGAAGUUUAAAAAAAAUAUAAAAAAUAAAAUAUGUAUGCUUAAUGCAUACAAACUGAGGCUAAACUCCAGCCUGUGCUUGUGAAAUACUGAAAUGGUUAAAACUAAAAAUAAUACUUUACUAGUGACACAUUUCAUUUUUACUGCCAUUGAUGAAUGGUAAAGGCAUUUUUGUUUGGAUAGUUAUGUGCUUCUAAGGAAUCUUAUCAAAUGUUUUAUGAUGUCAAUAACCACUCUUCAUUCCAACAGCCAGGGUACGGAGCUGUCAACCAGAGGCAGAGAGCUUGUCAAUCAUUUUACAUCCGAAGGAACUCCAGUUAUGAUCGGUAAGACUCAUACCUUGCAGUUGUUUCCUGUACAGGAAAUUGAAUGAACGCCUGGCGGUUUGCAUGUAAAGUCCAAAUUUAAAGGGAAAUAACACAAAAAACUGCAACUUUAUUAUUUUUAUUAUACGCAUCAUAAUCUUUAGAGAUAUUCAUUAUUUACAUGGUUUGCUGAGCUGGAAUCCCUAUAUGAAUGGUUUCCCUUUCGCUUUUAGUUUUUCUUUCACUUUUACGUAAAAGACAUAUUUCCAGUUAAAGUCACCAAACUGUUUAUUUCUUUUUAAGCUGAGCGUGUCGGUUUGUAAAUAUCUAAAAAGCUUUCACAUUUAUAAACCACAGGAAAAUGACUCGAGGGCCGUAUUUUUGCAGGGGCUGGUAGAAUAAGAUUUGUAAAUCCCUGCCAGAAGACGACUCGGGCAUCCGUGAUUGGUUUUAAACUCUAAUACACAGUUACAGCUAGGUGCAGUAUGCACUUUCUAGGAAUGACUAAAGAGUUGUAAUUUUAGAUCUCAUCAAAUCCAAACACUAUUGCACAGUGUUUAAUUGCUUUGAAGACAGGGUAGAUACCAUCUCGUCACUUGGACAAUAUUGGACUUGUUAUACAGUGUUUCACACUAGUUUUUCAUGUAACACCCACCUCCGGUCCAUCCUUCACUCCUUCGGUCGUUUCUGCUUUUCCUUGUCAAAUUGUUAGCAUAGAGUCUACACUGAAGGUUAUAUGUAAACUAAAUACCUAUUUUAAAAUAGGUUUGUCUCCCAAUCCGCACAUUUGCUAGCACAUUAUAUAGAUGAAAUUGCAUGCUUUUUCUAAGGAGCAUAAGUGAAAAUACUUUUGACAGGUGCUUUUUAAUCCUGCUCUGGUCACAAAAUGAAAAUCAUUCAUUAAAGGAACAGUAUUUAAUAAUAAUUAUUACAUGUGUUACUGUUUUACUUUAGAUUCCUCGCUCCCCUUGGUGUUGUGUGUAAGUUUUUUUUGUUGUUGUUUUUUUUUUUUUUUAUACGUUAAAACAAACAUUGAAUUUACGUUAAUUCCGGUGCCGGGACAGACUCCUCACUGGAGCCGAUCUUCCUCUAAUGAAGCCGGCAAUCUUGAUAACAUUUGUCCAGUUAGGUGUUUUUCAUAAAGAAGCAUUGAGUGCUCAAUACAUGCAUGGCAAGAGCCAUGAUCCACCAACUGAAUGCUUCUCUAAGACCAGCACUAAAUCCUUUUUUUUUUUUUUUAUUUCUUUUUUUUAUUUUUUUUUUUCUUCUAAAGAAGCCUUUGAUACACACAGUAUCUGGCAUCGGCAUACUUUGGAUGUGACCCUGGACAUUAAAUAGAAUUCCUUUAUCAAUCUAUUUAAUUUCAAAGCCCCUAGUUACUGUCUGUCUGAAAACAACUAGAGGCGUGGGGGAUUGCAGAAUGUAAAUGGUACCAUUUCUCAGAAAUGGCACGGUUUUCAUUUGCAGGGGCGGCACCUCUGACCCACAAUCACUUGAUUAAGGGUAUAUGAUUUCGGUGUUAAGACUGUUCCUUUUAACACUAGCUGCUAACUAAAUUUUUGGACAAUCCAGGCUCCCACAAUGUUUGAUUAAAUGGGGUUAAGCCCAUUCUUGCAACUACCCCAAACAUGGACCAUUAUAAUCUACAUGAGCAUAUAUGGAAUUGUGUUCUCUGUGCCAUUAUAGGGGGAAAACAAAAUCAGUACAAUUCCCUUUGUCUUGAAAAACCCAAUGACACUUGUAGAUGUUAACAAAUAAAAGCGUUAAUUUAAGAUUUGUAGAAUUAUUUGACAUUCAAUGCAUAGAUAACAUUUCCUUCAUUAAAACGUAAUAAGCUCAGUAGGCUUGCUUUGGUGCCUCGAGGAAAUUUUAAUGACUGAUUUUCUAACACCUUCAUUUUACUGUCCGCUUGAUGCGAGAGGAUAUCCAUCUUGCCUGUUAAAAUUGUGUGAAAAAUCUAUAAUGGAACCAACAUUGAUUAUUUAUUUUUAAAUCAUCAACCUAUACGACUCCUACGACCUAUUACUUACAAAAUCAGAACUCAUUUAAAAAGUUCCAUCACUCACUGACCGCUGUCACUAUUGUACAUAUCCCAACUCAGCGGUAACAAUCAAUAACUAUAUAGACUACCUAGAAGGCAGGUACCAGAUUGUGAUUAGAUUCACAGCCACUUAUUACAUAAUUGUAUUAAAGGACCCCCCAUUGUAAGUAGUCAAAUUAUUUUACAAUAAUUUGACUUUUUAUCAGGGGGAUUUAUCAGGCACUACUUUUCACCUCUAGUACAAGAGAGCCACAAGUUCCUGCUUAUGAGCUUCCUGGCUCUUAAGCCCUGCAAUGAGCCUAUCAGCUGAUUUAGGGAAGGCAGUUAAAGGACCACUAUAGUGCCAGGAAAACAUAUUCGUUUUCCUGGCACUAUAGUGCCCUGAGGGUGCCCCCACCCUCAGGGUCCCCCUCCCGCCCGGCUCUGGAAAGGGGAAAGGGGUUAAAACUUACCUUUUUCCAGCGCUGGGCGGGAGAGCUCUCCUCCUUCCUCCUCUUCCUGCUGAAUGCGCACGGCAAGAGCUGCGCCAAGAUUCAGCGUAAACAUAGGAAAGCAUUUACAAUGCUUUCCUAUGGAUCGCUGUGCUCUCUGUGAAAAUCACAGUGAGAAGCACGCAAGCGCCUCUAGUGGCUGUCAAUGAGACAGCACUAGAGGAAAUAGGGGAAGGCUUAACCCAUUCAUAAACAUAGCAGUUUCUCUGAAACUGCUAUGUUUAUGAAAAAAAGGGUUAACCCUAGAAGGACCUGGCACCCAGACCAUUUCAUUAAGCUGAAGUGGUCUGGGUGCCUAGAGUGGUCCUUUAAAGCGAAAACAGUUUGAAAACUGACAAUGGGGGGAGCCAGGGCACUUGUGGCACCAUAACUACUACUAAGUCAGUGGUAAUGGCGCAUACAGUGUUCUUUUAAAAAACUUGUAUUAAUAUCAACACAUGCGUAUUUAAAAGUCUCCGGAGCAAGAUUUUGUAUUGUUUGAUUCUUGUGAGUUUCUAUAGUGAUACUGUGUUCAUUGCUUCCAAAUCCAACAAACACAUUUCAAACCACUCUUCUAUUGUGUGGAUGCUAAAGAAAACCAUUGCACAUUUUAUUUUCUCAUUCCUCAGGAGGAGGAGUCCUAGCACAUACAAUUCUUGGUGUUUCAUGGAGCGAAGCUACAGGAGACAUUAAAUUCCUAAUUCUAGAUCCACAUUACAAAGGAGGUGAAGACCUGCAAAUUAUUCAGGAAAAGGUAGGUUUUCAAAUUCCCAGAAAGCAAAUGUAAGUACGCCCAGGGAGGCAUGCAGAAGAGAUUAGGUAGAACAGAAGGAGAGUGGAGAAGAUAAGCAGGAAAUUGGAAGGAAAGACUAUCAAAGAGGAAGGAGUGUGAGUUUGGGAUGGAACUGAUAAUGAAUUCUGAGAAAGUAGGUGUGGAUAUAAAAAAAAACCUGUAGUGGACAAGAAUCCAGAGGGAAUGAAUGUGUUAACCCAGAGAUACUGGUUCUGUUUUUGUUUUGUUUUUAUAAAAACAUACGGCAGAAAAGGAGUAGAUUAUAGCCACAAACGUUUUUGCACACAGUGGUGAACGGGGAGACAGGGACAGAAGACUUAAUUGCACCAAAAAACCUAUACAAACCUCAAAUUUUUAUGAUACUUUUGAGUGUAUGUAUAAGGAAAAAUACAAAAUCUAUUCAUACAGGUAUCCUGAUGUCAUGGGCGCCCGCAGGAAUUUUUCCAGGAGGGGGGGGCAUAAUUGUAAUGACAUCCAUGCCUGGUACCUUUUUGACAGUGUCAUGAAAGGGAAGCGGCAUAGUCAUUAUCACAUAAAGCCAGGGUGAAUAGCGUUUUCAGAACUAUGGUGUCAGGAAUAUAUGUUUGUAUUCCUGACAAUAUAGUGUUCCGUUAAACAAAUUAAAGGAACAUUCUGGUCACCAUAACAACUUCAUCUAAAUGAAAAUGCUAUAAUGCUAGGAAGCCCCUGGGUGCCACUCUCAAAUAACCCCAAAAGCUUCCUCCAGCUCCAGGUCGCUCAGUGGUAUUCGGCUUCUGAAACAGAGUGUCAGGAAGUGCAGAUUGACGUCAGGCAUUGGUGCCGCUGAUUGACUAGAGUGGACAGUUGACGCUCUAAGCCAAUCGCUAGUUCCCGGUUCAUAAAAAUGUUUUACUUUUUUAUGAAUGGGGUGCCGCUGAUUGGCUAGAGUGGUCAGCUGACGCUCUAAGCCAAUCGGCGACACCCCUCCCCAGCGGCACUCUGUGCUUCCUGACACUCAGUAAAUAAAAGUGAACACAUUAACACUGAGAUUUUUUUUUUUUUUUGGGAAGGUCCAGAGUUUCUCUGCCAGGCCCAGGUACCAAAAGCCUUAUGAUGUGGUGUCCAGCAUAAAGUGGAGGGUUCACUUCAUUUGUCCUUCCUGCUCCAAUCUCCUUUUCUUCUCCUUCAUUUGACAGUCUUCUUUUUCUUCUGAUACUGUCUUCUAUCCUUGGCUCCUUCUGCUCCUUUACCUUUCUGCUUAUUCUGAUCUCUUUUUGCUCCUUGCUCCCCUCUCCCCACGCCUCACUCCCCUAAUCUAUAGGUUAUCCCUCUCCUCCCCCAUCCCUCACUUACCUGAUCUGCAGGCUGUCUCUGGCUGCAUGUGUUGCUCCCCGGUUUCAGUCAGCAGAGAGAAGCAGGGAUAGAUGUAGCUUCCUAUCCUUGUCUCUCCACCGGCGCCGGUAUUGCAGUUCAUUUUCAAUCUCACAAAAAAUAGCAACAAGCUGAAAAAUCCAGAGGGGGGCGCCCCCCUUGCCUCCCCCUGUGGACGCCCAUGCCUGAUGACUUAUGUAGGAAUUCCAUCUCUAAUUGGCAAUUACAGGGAAAAAAUUGACCCUCUCUAUUGUGAUUUCCAAGCUGUAACUUCCAGAUAUUGCAGAUUUUGUACUCUGGCUCUUUACCUUUUAUGAUAAUCGGAGAUUCCAAAUGAAAACCUGCACUAAAAAGGAGACCAUGUUGGAUAUUUUUCAAAUAGACCAGUUUUCUUAAUACACAUUUUAUUGCAUAGCUAUAAAUCAACAAUAUUUACCUGUAUAGAAAAAGAUUUUAUAAUAAGUAGUAAGCAUAUCCCUAAUAGCGUUUUCCAUUGCUGUAAAUUUGGAGAACAGUUAUUCUGUUACAUACUAUAUUUAAAGUGACACUCCAAGCGAUUUAAUGACUGCCCAUUGUGUGUGCUGUCUCCUUGGUUUGUGUCAAACUGUUGAGUGGUUGGACAGAAACCAGGGCUCUCACAGCAUGUAAAGCUGAGGUCCUCUCCUACGACUGCUAAUGAGUUUACAAAGUCAAAGUCUGUGAUUACAUAUGAGGAGGUUCUUCCUAGUCCUGCUAAAACAAACUCCAGCAGGCUGUCACAGUUUGUUUUCACAUUUCUCUCCCUGUCUGAUCUUACACACUUUGAUCAUGUGAAUACCUUUAUGGAAUACACAUUGAAAAAAAAUAUAUAAAGAAAAACACAAUGCUUAUCACAAUCUCAAAGAAAAUUGUGACUCGCUGUGUAUCCUGGAGAUGUACAGUAGUCUAAACGGAAAUACUUAAAUAAUAUUAGGAUACACAUUGCUCAGUUUGCUAUCAGGCAUAAGGGACAUCCAACUGGGGAGUCUAUAUUUAUUUUAUUUUUUUACUUCUUGUGUAAAUAUGAUGUAAAAAUGUCCCACUAUCUGCUAAUUCUUUCAAAUUAAUGCAAAAUCCAAUAAAAAGAAAAGACCUGUAGCUUUUUUUUUUCCCUCCAAAACUAUUUUUAUUGUGAAUGCAAUAUACAAAAGGUGUGACAUGGAUCACAUCAACAGCAUAAAAGCAGUCAUGUGUUAUCGACAAUGACAAAAGGGAUGUUUAAUCGGUUACAUUCACAAUCUAAUAUUUACCUCAACAUAACAAACAAAACAAAAAAGUUUUCACGAAACAUACCAGGUCAUUGAUCAUUUGCAAAAAAGUGUGGCUGUAACAGUUACCAGCAGGAUACCAAAGACACAUCCUAUAUGGUGAAGGUGACUAACAUGCUUAAUUAUGGGUGACUCUACAAAGAUACCGUUCAUGUAGAUCAGGGAUAGAAUUUUAAAUUAUACGCAAUAAUGGGUGAGUACGACACCACACACAAAAGCAUUUUAUAAUACAAGUAUAAGCAGAGGAGUGGAGGUUAUACCCCUAUUUUCAUUAGGAGUAAUACAUAUGUUUCCAAGAUGAUGUUGGCGAUGACCUUCUAGAGUCACCCUUCCCAAUAUACAUCAAAUAUCCAGUCUCAGAUUCUCCCCCUGCUCCACAUGGGUGUCAUCAAAACCAUAGGUGAUACGGUACCACAGCCAGGAUGCCAAAACCAGAACUAGGUCCUGUUAAAAAGAAAUUAUGAGCAAUGAUUGCUCCAAAAAUCAGAAGUACUUGGUGAAAUAUGCAGCAGAACCUGUAGCUUUUAAAGUUAAAUUUGAUUCAGGAAGAAAUUCUUCCCAUAAACGCUUGUCCCCUAGGUGCAGUUCUACUUAUCACUUAGAAUGAUCGGAACUUCUCUGUAAACUUCUAGCAGCUGCAUAAUGCCUGGUUCACUGUUUAGUGUUCUGAGCUAUGUGCACCGAUUGGCAAAGCUAUAUAGUUUACAGGACCGUUCUCUCUCCAAGGAAGAGAGAGCACUUAGUCCAAUGGAGUAUGCGCACACGUCAUGCAAAAGUGACAUGUGGCAGCAGGAACUAGGAGCUUUUCGGAUAAUUCAUUAAGUCUGAGUGUCUGGCUUAGGGUUGUAUUUGUUACAAGUAGCUACAGGUGUCAAGGAACACUACCAGCACCAUAACUACUACAUACUGGUGUAGUAGUGAUAGUGCCACGAGUGCCCUGGAGCCCUACCAGAGCAAUUUAUCAAAAUAUUUAAAUAUUUAAGCCCACUCCACAUCUGACUUAUCCUGCAGAGGAAGCCAUUUGUCUCCCCUAAGCGAAGCACAGCUGUGAUGGAGCACUCAGAUAUCACUCUUAGCCAAUUAGAGCAACCCUGCUAAGCUCGUUCGAGAGUAGUGGAUUCACCUUGCAGAGUAAUCUAUAAGCAGUUAGUGCAGCCGUUCCAAGUAUGUUGUCAAACAAUUUUUAAAUGGCUUUUACUAAUUUCUCUAGGAGGGCACUGGAAAGACUACAGCAGGUUGUAAUGUAAUGAGAGUAGUCUAAGAGCAUUGUGAGCUACUGUCUCUACAAUCAUGUAGAUGUGACAAUGCUUAGAAUAACCCUGUACUAUUUUCUCCUCUCCAUGCUGUAAAAUAGUUGUGCUAUAACCACAUUUCCCACGCUAUGAUGGCUGUUUAGUCACUGACUGCUUUAAGGAUGUGACCAUGUCUCAGGGCUCUGUGUUUUUGAAUGACCUAGUAAGGGCCUCUUCUAUUCAUUCCAUUUGAAAAUUUACUCAGGGCGGAUAGCCCUUACUUCACAGUGAAGAAUGGACACAGUAAAAUUGCAUGUCUCUGAGCUCAUCUAAUUUUAACCCCUGGGUUCUAUUAAACACUGGUUUAGAAAAAAAAAAAAUAUAUAUAUAUAUAUAUAUAUAUAUAUAUAUAUAUAUAUACACACACACAAAAACAAAGUGUUCAUUUUAUUAGAGAGAAUAAAACAGUAAUGUUUAGCAUUGGAAUAUGAUCCUGACUAAUUGGCAUCUGUGGCUCGGCAUGAGUAAAUAUGUAUUUGCUUAGAGCAGGGGUUCCCUACCCAGUCCAGGAUUUAGGGAUUAACCAGUUGUGUCUAAGGUGGUUUUAGUAAGAAAAAAAAUGAAAUAUAACACUUUAGACACAGCCGGGUAAUCCCUAAAUCCUGGACUGUUAUGGGGCACUUGAGGACUGGGCUGGGAACCACUGGCUUAGAGGGUUCUCCUUGUAAAGAACAAAUGUAGUAAUGUUUUGACUUUCUUGUAUAUUUAGCAACCCAGGUUUCCUAGAUGUCUGUGUCAAGUAUUAGUUAGAUGAAAGGUCGUAGUUAUUCCAUAAUGGGUAAAUUUAAAGAGAAUUUCAUAUUUAAAGGACACAACAGUUGAUUUAUAAACAUUGUCCAAAUAAACCAUGUUUCAGUUCAGCUAUUUUAGCCAAAAAUUUCAAUGUCACUUAAAUUUCCCUACAAUUCCCAAGGUCAAUUCACUAAAGUUACACUUUAGAGCAUAACCGUGUGUGAAUAAUCUGUAUAUAGAAUACAGAAAGUACAGGUUUAUAUUUUACAUGCCAUCUCAUUGUUUGACCUGUAUCUGCUUCCCUGUAACUUCCAAAAAUGGAAUGGACAAUAAAUUACAUGUUUUCUUAACCGUUUGAGAGUUGAAGGAUUAAGAACACAGGCUGUUGUUAAAGUCACUUUAACAGCUUGUGUUUUUUUUUAUUCUUUAUUUUGUCUGUGCACAAGAUAAUACAGAGGUUCAGUGUGACAGCAUAAGUAAACAGUGAUAACAAUGUGAAGCAUAUAAAUGGCAUGAGAAAGUGGCACAGUUUAAGUAUAUUAAUAAACAACAACUUGUGUUCUUAACAGCUUGCAAUUAUCAGUAUAGAAAUCAGUUUUAAGUUUUAUUUACUGGAAAAAAAAUAUUCUAGCCUUCUAACCAGAAUGUACUCUACUUUCAUUUUUCAGGGAUGGUGUGGUUGGAAAGGAGUAGAUUUCUGGAGCCCAGAUGCGUAUUAUAAUUUAUGCUUACCUCAGCGACCAACAAUGAUCUAAACUUUGUGUACUUCUAUCAACAAUGUUUGCUUUAUACAGCUUUUUACGUGUUCCGUUUACUCUGUCAUCGCAGAAAGUUAUUUAAUCUGUAUUCAAGUGGUCUGGACACUUUCACAGUUGCUUAUUAAAAUACCCAAGCAAUAUGUAAUUCUGUGUUUAGGGUUAAAACACAUCUUGGUGGGUUUUGCAGCAUUUGUGAUUGCUUAAUUCAUUGCUCUAACCCCUUCCGUUCUAUAAGGCACAGCAAGAUUUUUGCCAAAGGACAGGCAUAAUUAGCCUGCAGAGGAUUUAAAAAGCAGUGUAAUCAAACUCUCUCCCAUUCGGAAUUGGGGUGUCAAUUUUGAGUGUUGCCAGUCACUCUUAGCCAGCCUCUAACAGAAAAAUUAUCUGUUUUACAUCUCUGAAACAGGAGGUUCUGGAGGUACCCUAUCAGGAUAGAGAACUUGAAAACCUGUGCCUAAAAUUUAGGGACGAUUUAGUUUCUCAAAUUACAUAUAUUGGAUUUAAAACACAAACCAGGUGGUAAUUGAAACACUUAAUUUCUGUUAAGAUGGCUGUAUGCAUACUUCCAGCAAUAUUGUUUUUUCAAUUUCAAAAUAUAUUGGUAUAUUAUAUUGACAAAUACAGAAUUUGCAUUGUCAGACGUCUUAGAAGUGACAGGUCCUGUCACACAUUGAGUUUUACUUUUAAGAAUACAGAGUGCUUGGAAAAAUAAAUAAUUUUAUUUUACAAAAAUUGUAUAAAAUGCACAGUUACAAAAAAAUAAUCCAGACAAAAAUUGUCUUCUUAAAUACAGUUCUUCCUAUGAGAAAGGACAUAGAUCAGCUUAACAUAAGCACAUAAAUGAGGUAACUCCUUGUUGAAGCUUAUUACGACCAAGCAGAAAUGGGUCAUCACAUACUGCUGCUCUGGUUACAUGAAGCCUGUCAAAAAAAAAAAAGGAAUUAAGAAUAUGUUCUAAAAAGGUUUGCGAGCAUACAGGUAUUUGAUAGCUGAGAUUAGUGUGAAGCAUUUACAGCAUACAAACUGAUUCUUAACAGAGGAAGACUAUUAACAUCAAAGUGUGUGGUUAAACUUUUAGGAGGGAAUUUAGCAAUUGAGUGUUUGUUUCUUAAAGUAGUAUUGAAAUAUACCAGUAUAUAAGAAACCGACUGGAGGGAGGAUGAACUGAGGGACUGUGCUGCCAUUGGCUGUAUUGUGCCAACGUGCUGUGAGCAGUGGCGUCAAUGCCAAAUUUACACAAAUCUGAGUUAGUUCUGGGCUGUCUAAUAACACUACCAGAGGUGAAGUUACAUGGCUAAGUGAUUAACCACUGUAUAUUCAUUGUUUUAUAGCAAAACACUGCACAUACAGACUCCAGGCACCAGGACUACUCCAAAUAGCAUAAGUGGUCUUGCUUGGAGUAACACUUUUACCUUGGUACAACCCCCAGCUGUCCGUUACUUCCUUGUUUGUUUAGUGCAGUGGAGCUAUACUUAAGAAACCAGCAAUUACCCAGAGAAUGUUUACUGAGCUGCAUUGGAAAGUCUGUGAUUGGUCUUGGCUGAGGAAGGAGAUGGCUAACAAGGUUGCAGACCAGAGAUGUACAGCUUUCCCCAGUGAAAAAAUGGAUGAUUAAAUGCAUGCAUGCAUGUUUUCAUUGGGGGUUUAUACCGAACAGUGACUCUCAUAUUGGGGGAGGGGAUGCAGUGGAGUGUAUUUUUAAGACGCUGAACAGAUUAUGCAGUGCAGCAUACCGAGUAAACAAAAUGUACAUACAAACUAACAUUUAAAUAUAAAACAGUAAAUAUUAAAGAGAAAAGGAUAUCCAAAUACAUCAGAUAUAAGCUAAGGUAAUCCAACUAGUAAAGCUGAUUUUAUAAAUAAAAAUAAACACCUUGCAGAAUUAACAUAAAAAUAGAUUACACUCCUAACUCACCAUCAGAUCUCCUUCUCUUCCCGUAAGCUACUGAAAGGCAUUGUUGGCCUCGCUUCAUUACAGCAGUUGGGUUCUUCAUUUCCUGUAGUGAGGAUUGCGCUUGUGAAGAUGUAUUUUGGGUAUGUCUAACUGUUGCAAGAUAUUUUGCGCAUUCCAAAAAUCCUGCAGAAAUAGCAAGGUCUUCAGGGGUAUAUCCCUCUUUAUUGCUUAUGCUAGAAAACAAACGAAAAUGCAGAAGUUUAAUGAAAGUCUUACUUCUCCCCUCAGAAUUUCAUAAACAAGCACUGCAUGUUACUCUAAUGUAAUUAAAUAAACACUUACUCUAUUCUGGCGAAAUGGGCUACCAGAAGACUUAGACAUUCCAAGCUUCCUGAUCGGGCUGCUUUAUGGAUUGGUGCUUCACCAAAACAAUCCUGUAAAAGUACAAAAUAGUUUGUAAAAUGUGAGACAAAAUUUCAUAUAUAAUAUGACAAAUUGGAUAUUAGAAAAUAGUUUAAAACAAUUAUUUGUAAAAUUGUAAUGUAGGACUGGACCCAGAGGUAGAAUAUUUAUGCUAAAUCAAGAAUAACAUUAAGCAUUACCUGUCUGUACAGAUAUUCUGUUGGAUAAUACUUUACACAGAAAAGAACGUAUUAAUGUAAAUAGUUAAUGUAACGUUUUGCAUUAUACCUGCUGAUUGAUGUCAACCCCAGUCUGUAGUUGCCAAAGCAGGAAAAAGGCUUCUCCUCCACCAGCAGCGAGAUGCACAGGAGACUGUCCUACAGUGUCAGCAGGAAGAUUCACUUCAGAGCCGGAUUCCAUUAGUUGGCUCAGACCGUCACACUGAAAAUAGAACACAUCCAACAGUUUUAUAAAAUGCAAUGUUUAUGAAUAGAAUGUACUGUAUAAUAUAUAUUCAGUAAGAUUGGGAUAGUUUUGCCUUUAAAUUAUUUGAUUUAACUUUGCACUUAAUUAAAAUGCGAAUUACAAUACACAAUUAAAGAACAUUGGCAAAAUGAUUUUCCUUUGUUUACCACAAGCACUACAAAACAGCAACUAAAACGUUUAAAUGAGAAAUGAAAUGACUAAAUCUGCUAUAUUUAAAGGAAUAGGAAAAUGCAAUAACCAUGAAAUAUUUACAGUAAAAUGGCACAGUGUAUUGCUAC